GAAACAAUGCCACUGCUGGUAUUUUUGCUACUUAUCCGCAGGAGUUCAUGAGUAUUGGAGGUGCUUUCUUCUCCGAAGCCAUCGGAACAUUCUUCCUGCUUAUAAUCAUUUUGGCUGCUACCGAUGAACGUAAUAAACCAAAUACUAGAGUACUUUUUCCAUUAAUUAUCGGUUUGUCUCUUACCACGAUCGCAAUCUCUUUUGGAUAUGAAACCGGCUUUGGUUUAAACGGAGCACGUGAUUUUGGCCCAAGAUUAUUCACUUUCUUUGCUGGAUAUGGCGUUGAAGUUUUCACUGCAUAUAACUUCUAUUUCUGGAUCCCACUUGUUGCACCUGUUGUAGGAGGUUUGACUGCUGGGCUUGUUUAUGAUAUAUUAAUUUAUUGGGGGAAAUCUCCUUUGAAUUCUUUAAUUGGGUCAUCCGUAGAUUCUUGA